AUGGAGCAUGAGCUUCACAUGCGGCCGAAUCUGUUGGGGUUGAUGGCACUGGCCCAGGGCGUGGCCUGUGCGGUCACUGGGCCGAUCUGGGGCAACCUGGUGGACAGUGGAGCCUCGAGAAAACUGCUUCUGAAGGUCGGUACCGGCUUGUGGGGACUCUGCACCUUUCAGCUAGCGUUCACAACGCAGCUGUGGCCAAUGCUCGCACUGCGAGUUCUGAAUGGCGCCGCACUGUCCAUGCUUUUGCCGGUUCUGCAGUCCUUCAUCUCGGAUUUGAGCACGUCGGACGAUGCUGGGCAGAUCUGUGGCAAGGUAUACUGUGCUGCCAACUUUGGCCAAGUGCUGGCAUGUUUGAUCGUAGUGCCCAUAUCUGAGCAUCGAAUCUUCGGUGUCAUGGGUUGGAGGAUAUGUCUGGCAGUGGUUGGUAUACUCAGCUUGCUGGUCGUUCUUUUGGUCGAAGCGGCCGUGGAGGAUUUGCCGAGGACAUGGGAUCCAAAGAGGUUCGGCCUUUCUCGUGAGUUUCACAAGCUGGCAAAGUUCCUCCGUUUGGGGUCUUUCCGAGUUAUUAUUCUCCAGGGAGUCUUCGGCACAAUCCCUGGAGCGGCACAGACCUUCACAACCAUGUACUUUCAGUACCUCUCUAUCAGCAACCACAUGUGUGGACUGAUUAUCGCCAUGCGCACGGUCGGUGAGGGUAUUGGUGGCGCUUUAGGAGGCUAUCUGGGCGACGCAGCAAAUGCCAAAAAUCACCACUACGGCAGAACUUGGGUGGCCAUGUUCUCGGUUACUGCAAGCAUCCCGUUCCUCUAUGUUGUGUACAUGGGGAUCCCAAGAGAAGCCAGCCUUAGUUUGCUCUUCGCCGGCAUCUUGUUUACGAUGGGCUUGGUGACCACGUGGGAGGUUCCUGGAUGCCUGCAACCUGUGGUCAUGGAUAUCAUCCCCAGAAGGGAUUUGUCAUCGGCUUUCUCGUGGGACGUUGCGAUCGUCUUUGCAAGUGGCAACACGAUCGGGCCAUUACUGGUUGGGUUCAUAGCCCAGGACAUCUUCGACUAUCACUAUACAAGUGAGAAGGUGGAGAACAUGAGCCUGGAGGUGCGAGAGCACAAUGCAUCGGCUCUUGGACGUGCCAUCUUCUUCAGUUGUGUGGUCCCCUCCUUGAUCAGCGCCGUGAACUUUGCCCUCCUCUUCUGGACAUAUCCAGCGGACAAGGAGUCCCUCGAGGAGCGUGAGGCAAUGGAGGACGAGGAUGCAGCGGAAAGGACCGUGCUGCUUCAGAAAGAUGUUUGA